AUUCAUUUGUUAUUCAUAGAUUUACAAAAUUUUAUAUUUGUAUUUGUUUGCGACUCCGCUCACAACUGAGCGGAGAUACGCGGAUGCCGGAACACCCUUAUCAGAAGGAUCGGAGUCAAGGAUGUUACUAGACUCAGGUCUCGUACGGCCUAUUCGGGUCGUAAAUCCGAGCCGAGAAACCGGAGAAACAUUCGUGACAGACACGUCCACGAGCGUUAGAAUGAAACGACCUCCGUCGUUUCGAAUGGCCUGCCCUUUCAGACCAAACGGUCAGCAAGCUGCCACGUUCCUGAGAAGCGUGGAGAUGCACAAGAGAACGUGCUGAGCUCGUGUCGCGCGAAAGGCGACUCAGUUGCUUCGGGGUAACUAACCAAGGCCUUGAAGGCGCUUGGACAGAGAGCUCAGAGUUCUCGAAGAAGCGACCACGUCGCUUUAGAACGCACCAAGAUCCUAGACGGAUACUUGGCAAGAGAGAGUUCGCAAAUCUCUCAAGGAGACGGCGACGCCGUUCCUAACAGCCGAGGUUUUCGACGGACGCUCGGACAGAGAGAGAGUUAACUCACUCCACACGGAGGCGAUCAGAAGUUCGCUCCUGAAUCGUGGCAACGGGCGAAUUCAAGGCUUAAGUGGAUUCUCACCAUAAAGCUUCAACCCAGCAGGGUAUAUUAGCACCGCAGUCAACUCAGCAGAGUGUAGAGUGCGUUGGUUUGAAUCUCGACUGUGCACGAAACUGCUCUAAGAACGCCUAGAGAGAACGUCGGUAAAGACGGGCGCUACAAGUCGCACAGACCAGACACCAGGGAUUACCACAAUCGGCGUUGGGCCAUGCGAAGGCGUCGCGCCGGCCGUUGCGCUGGGUGAUAUACCCGGCCGGCGAUUCUUGCCCAGAGUCGGGUGGCGGAGUCGGGUGGCUCGCCAUGUAGCGGUCACGGCUGGAGCUACUUGUCAGUGCAAAAGUAAAGGUAACUCCAAGAAAACGCAUCAUGGUUUCGGAAUCGGCAAGAAAACUGGCUGAAGCUAGAAGGGAAUUUCUACUAAAACAUGAAAAUAAAACACCUGAUAGAAGUCAAUUGAAAAUGUACGAUUUAAUCUAUUAUAAUCCUGUGACGAAUCCUAUGAAGAAGUCAAAAACAUCUACUGUUGUACCAAGACAGAUAACUACAACACCAUCAGAAGAGGUUUUAAAAGAAGAAGAGGAGGAUAAUCCUUUGGCAAUGCCUGCGCCACAGGUAAAAGUUGGUCCAGAUGGUCAAUUGAUAUUAGACGAACAAAGUAUUGUGAUAGAACAGACAGGUGUGAAAAAGCAUAGAGAAAUAUUGUCACAAGAAGCCAUCGUAGAAGACGAUGACUACGGAGGUGGAUUUUAUAAAAAGCGUCAAAAGAGUAAAGAAUGGCCAAAAUGGGAAACAUUUAAAUUCUACAAAGCAUUAAAUGUAGUGGGUACGGAUUUCUUAUUGAUGCAGACUCUAUUCCCAAAUCGGACAAGACAAGAAAUUAAACAAAAAUAUAAGAAAGAAGAAAGAGUUAACCGUGCUUUAGUGGAGAAGACUCUGAAAUAUCAUCAAGAAUUUGAUACUGAAAGGCUGGAAGAACAAUUAGCAUCAUUACAAGAAUUGGAAAAUGUUCAAGCAGAUGCAAAUAAGAAAACAUCAGAGAAAGAUAAGAAUGAACAACACUUGAGCAGGAGUGCUAAAAAACGCAGACAUCGACUUGUAGCGACUAGUAUCGCGCAAUGCGAAGCAACAUCUACUAACAAUCAAGAGAACAAAACAAUAGAUAAUGAAACUAAUGCAAAUGACACUGCAAAUAGCGGUCAACAUUCACAAACGAGAAGAGGAAAUAACAAACGAAAGUCAAAAAAGUCUGUAAAUGACAGCUUUGAUGAUAGCAGUUGCUUAAGUUCUAACAGUGAUUCGGACAGUGACACGGAGAUUUACCGAGUUAGACCAACUAGAUCCGGUAGACAGCCGAAGCCAAAGAAAUUACGAGCGCGAAGCAUUAACACUCUUGAUAAUAACAUUGAAAAUGAAUCGUUAGUAAACACCGAAACUACAUUGUCGCAAGAAACUCCAGCGUCGCAGGAAGUUCAGAAGGAUCUAUCAUCUAUGCCAUCCAAGGAUAGCGAAGACACUGCAACAUCUGAAAAUGUCGCAACUGUCAUACCGGAUAUCAAUCAAAUAGAACCAGGAUCCUUAGUGAUUUUAACGAAGGAAUCCGUAGAAGAACCAGGAGAAACUAUUUUACAAGUUUAUAUGGUUAGUUCGAACGUUGACAAAAAGAAUGUUGACGACGAAACAGUCAAGUCUGAUAUGACGCCUGUGACUCCACCGUCGGAGCUAUUAUCUACCGUAACUAAUAAUAAACUAAAUAAUAAAGUAGGUGCGGAGGAUGCCGAAAUAAUAAAUGUGGAUGAUUGUGAAUAACGAUUUCUUGCGCAAUUUAAGCAUAAUAAAAUUUUAGCACGUAUAUAUAGCUAUAUGAGUAGCUACAUGCUACACAGUUAAAGUAUGAAACAUAUGCAUGAAGAGUAAGUUAAAAUAAUUUGAUUGCAAUAUGAAUAAGGACUUUUGUACCUUCUUAACUAUAUAUGUAAGUUAUAUUUUCUAUUAGUUGUAUGCGAAUUUGUACAAUCCUUUGUAAUAUAUUGUAAUAUUUGCAUAUUGUUGCAUAUAUAUGAGUAACAUUCUUUA